CCAAUGAAAACCUGCACUUUGGACUGUUGCCGCGAAACCAGAGAGAUUAGAUCCAGCGUCUGUUUCCGGCGCAUGCGCAGAUUGCAGAAGGUUCUGGAAGAUAGCGGAGGUGCCGCCAUUUUGCGGGAAGAGGAGCAGGUCUGGCUGCCGUGCUGUUUUUUUAGCUAAAACCGUAGGACACUGCUGAGCUUCACGCCCCACAACACACCGAAAGGAACGAAGAUAACCGGGACCCCCCCUGCGGGGACCCGGAACUGAUCUGACACGAUGGCGUCUGAUGACUUUGAUAUAGUGAUUGAGGCCAUGCUGGAAGCUCCCUAUAAAAAAGAGGAGGAUGAGCAGCAAAGGAAAGAGGUUAAAAAGGACAGUCCUAGCAAUACCACCAGCAGCACCGGCAACAGUGGCAGUGGUACCAGUGUGAGCACCACCACUGGGGAGACAAGCAAGAAGAAGAGGAGUCAGAGUCAUAGUAGAAGCAGGGAUAGAAGGCGCAGUCGGAGCCGAGACCGUGAUCGACAUAGACGGAGAAACAGUCGGAGCCGAAGUCGAGAUUGGCAGCGUCGUCACCGCAGCCGUAGCCGCGAUUGUCGACAUAGUAGUGAGUCCCGAAGUCGAGACCGGCGACGUGAGGAUCGCGUGCGCUAUAGGAGUCCUCCACUUGCCACUGGACAUAGAUAUGGACACAGUAAAAGCCCUCAUUUCAAAGAGAAGAGCCCAGUCAGGGAGCCAGUUGAUAAUUUGAGCCCUGAGGAGCGUGAUGCCCGCACAGUUUUCUGUAUGCAGUUAGCUGCCCGUAUCCGGCCUCGAGAUCUGGAGGACUUUUUUUCUGCUGUUGGCAAGGUUCGUGACGUGCGUAUCAUCUCAGAUCGGAACUCACGUCGUUCUAAAGGCAUUGCAUAUGUGGAAUUCUGUGAAAUUCAGUCUGUGCCACUGGCCAUUGGGCUGACUGGGCAAAGAUUGCUGGGAGUACCUAUUAUUGUACAGGCCUCACAGGCUGAGAAAAACCGAUUGGCAGCCAUGGCCAACAAUCUGCAGAAGGGUACUGGUGGACCAAUGCGCCUCUACGUGGGCUCCCUGCACUUCAAUAUCACCGAGGACAUGCUCCGGGGCAUCUUUGAGCCUUUUGGCAAAAUUGACAACAUUAUCCUGAUGAAGGACUCAGAUACAGGCCGCUCUAAAGGUUAUGGUUUUAUUACAUUCUCUGACUCUGAGUGUGCCCGGCGGGCCCUGGAACAGUUGAAUGGUUUUGAACUUGCUGGUCGACCUAUGAGGGUUGGCCAAGUGACUGAGCGACUGGAUGGUGGCACAGACAUCACUUUUCCUGAUGGAGACCAGGAGCUGGAUCUGGGAUCAGCAGGUGGACGUUUGCAGCUUAUGGCCAAACUGGCAGAAGGCUCUGGAAUCCAGCUGCCAACCACAGCUGCUGCUGCUGCCGCUGCCCAGGCUGCUGCCUUGCAACUGAAUGGAGCAGUUCCUUUGGGGGCCCUGAACCCAGCAGCUCUGACCGCUUUGAGUCCAGCUUUGAACCUUGCCUCCCAGGCAAUUGCAUCCCAGUGCUUCCAGCUCUCCAGCCUCUUUACCCCCCAAACCAUGUAAAUCAGUGGCACAGCACACUACCUCUCUGUGCCCUCUGGGUCCUGCCACUCCCUUCUCCACAUCUCUUCUUCUGCUGCCCUGUCUUCCGUUUGUGGACCAAGCCAUUCUGAGGGCAUGGACAUUGAUUCUGGAGGAACUGAGGCCACUCUUAAGACAACAAGAAGAGCUCCUGCCCCUGCCCCACUGGGAGUGGACUCUGCUGAGCAAAGCCCCCAGUUGAAGAGAACAAUCUACACCUACAUUGAAUACUUGUUUGUCUUUGUGUAUCUUUUCCCAAGACCACUUUCUUGCCCUUUCUCAUUACCCCUUAGUGAUUCUUCCUCCAUUGGGAAGGCCAUAGGGCAUUAACUAAAGGAACUAACCUCUCUCCUUUUCCUAUACCUUUACCCUAUAAUCUGUCAAAGAAAACCUACAGGAUCUCUGAAUCUAAAGGACAUUGGAGUUAUGGGGUGCACUUGGAAGGUGCUGGAUUUUUGCUUUAAGGACCCUGUUAGGUAGCAUGGACAUGAAUGUUGUGACACCUGGCUUAGGCCUUAGCUUCAUGGAGCUUGAGGCCAGAACUGCUAUAAGCUCAGCAUCUUAUUGGGAGACAUAAGUGUGAUAUAUCCUGCCAGGCAAUUGAGAUUGAAGCCUCAUGGACUUUCAGGAGUUUAAGUAAAAUGUGGGAUACCUUUCCACCUGCCUUUGUACACCUCUCCUUCUUCCCAAGUCCUCCUUUGGUCCAGGGUGGUAGGGUGGAGGGAAGGCUGCUGUUUUCCACCACUUCCUGUGUGCCUGUACUGUGGCUUCAACCCUGGUGGUUAAAGUCACUCCUGUCCCCUACCUGGGUAUGUGUGAGCCCUUCUCACUGGAUUUUAUACCCUUCUGUCUGUGUACAUAUAAAAGAAAAAAAAAAAAAAAUAUAUAUAUAUAUAU